ACGUAAUAGGUCAGUCAGUUUCUUAACAUCGCCGCGACAGCUAUUCUUAAUGCAAGAAAUAUCAGGAUAAGAUCGACAUGGAAAAUAUAGUUUCUGGUCGGACCGGCGAAAAAGCGCGGGAAACACAAAAUCAAAAUGGCGGUCUUGUUGAUGAAAGUGAUAGAACGAUUUCAAAAGUUGUUGCAAAAGUGAAAAAAGCGAGGAGUUUUAUGGAAUUGUCAGUGAAUGCACAGUUUGUGAAGAGUUUCGGCAGAAAUGAUAGACGUGUUCUGGUAAUUUACACAGGAGGAACUAUUGGAAUGGUGAAAAGCAGAGAUGGCGUUCUAAUACCGCAAAAAGGCGCUUUUGAGAAUCUCAUCAGGGGCUAUCCUCAGUUACAUGAUACGGUGUACUGGAGACAUAGGCUCAGUGAUGCAAGUUUCGAUACUUCCUUUCUAGUACUACCAGAAGCCAAAGAGAUGGAUUUACGUAUUUGCUACAAAUUUAUAGAGUAUGAAAACUUGCUAGAUUCCUCAAACAUGACUGAAGUAGAAUGGAUCAGAAUUGCGGAAGACAUUAUGAAACAUUAUGAUGAAUUUGAUGGAUUCGUAGUGCUCCACGGAACUGACACAUUAAGUUACACAGCAUCAGCUCUAUCAUUCAUGUUCGAAAAUAUCGGCAAGGGAAUUGUACUCACUGGCUCACAGAUACCAAUAUUCGAACCGAGAAGUGAUGGUGCUGAUAACUUCGUAUCAUCUUUGCUGAUAGCUGGUGGUCUCAACAUACCAGAAGUGACCAUCUAUUUUGGAGGAAAACUCUUUAGAGGGAACAGAACUUGCAAGAUCUCUGUGAACAACUUAAAUGCAUUUGAUUCCCCGAACUGCGUCCCCUUGGUCGAAGCCGGAAUUGAUUUCGAAGUGAACAAGAAAGCGAUACACAAACCAGCGACGAUAGAGAAAUGUCACCUGCACACGAAAAUGUCGAAGAACGUUGGACUCUUGAGAAUAUUCCCCAGUAUUAGCUCUGCAGUUAUUAAGGCGUUUUGUCAGCCGCCCAUUGAAGGUGUGGUAUUAGAGAGUUACGGUGCGGGUAAUAUUCCGUCAAAUCAAGAUGAACUCAUUAACGAAAUUUCGGCUGCGGUGAAACGCGGUGUUAUUGUCGUGAACAUAACACAAUGUACUACGGGUGCUGUCGCGUCUCCGAUGUAUGAAACGGGAAGGAUGCUGUUUGAAUGCGGCGUGGUGUCUGGUUUCGAUAUGACCCCCGAGGCUGCACUUACCAAGCUGUCCUAUGUCCUAUCAAAAAGUGAGCUGACCUACCAGGAAAAAGUUGAGAUGAUGAUGACAAAUAUACGAGGUGAAUUGACCAACACAUCAUCUAUUGCAAUUGAGGACAACACUCUGAUAGACGCGCUAGCGACAAGCCUAAAUAUACAAUCACCAAAGAUGCUUAUAGAAGUAACAGAGAAAGUGUUUAGCGCAUUACUUUUGUAUGCAAUUGAACAUGAUGACCUUAGAGCAGUAAGAAAAAUGAUGGAUAUGGGUGCCGAUGUAAAUGCACAAAAUUCGGAAGGUCGUACAGUGCUGCAUGAAGCAAUAGCAAAAGGUAGCAUUCCUAUUGUAGAAUAUUUUUUGAAGAAUGGUGCAAAUGUACAUCUAAAAACAAGGUGUGGUGAGUCUCCUCUUCUCACUGCAAUACAUCACGACAACCACGCUAUAAUUGAUUUACUACUGCAGUGCGGUGCUCGUUUAAAUAACACAGAUGCUAAAUCUAUUGCGGAACUUGUGUCAUUAGUGGCACGAAAUGGCGUCGUUGCUAAACUUGAAUCUCUGAAGAAAGCUGGCGCUGAAUUUAAUGUUAUUGAUGAUAUGAAACAAACUCCUCUACAUAAGGCUGUAUUGAAUAAUCAUUCUGAUGUAGUACAAUAUUUACUAGAAAAUGGGGCCAAUUUGGACGCCACUGAUAUUAUGGGUUUCAAGCCUUUGGACUACGCCUACAAGCUUGGCUUUAAAAAUAUAAUUGAAAUAUUUGAAUCUCAAUAAACGAUGAUAAAACAAAAAA